AUGUCUGUAGAAGAACUGGAUCCAGAGGUCUUGAAUGACAUUUUCACAAAUUUCUUUGACCAGGAGGAAUAUGGAGACUUUCAGGUUGCAGACAGGAACUUUAGACAAAGGUUACAAAACCCAAAGCCUAUGCCACUGCUGACGCCCAGAGAGAUCCUGUACAUCUGUACAAGCUGUACAGCCAGAAACGACCGGACGAAAUGUGCAAACCUGACAGCCCAUUCUUCCUUACACCAAAUGAUAAACCACAGAGAUGCUGGUUCAAAAAAAACCCCACUUGGAAUAAAUAAACUUUACAACAUUAUGAGAGACAUGAAGGCUGAAGCAGGAAUUGAAAAUCCCAGAAUAACGCCUUACAGCUCCAGAAAACAUCUGGUUCAAACUCUAAACGAUGCUGGGGUCCCUGCCAACCAAAUCAUGCAAAUUUCUGGUCACAAGAAUGUGAAUUCUAUAAACAACUACAGUAAAAUCAACAACGACCAGUCGAGAAAUAUUUCUAAAAUACUGUCGAAUCAGAGAAAUGAAACCAACCUUCAAACUCAAGGAAGUGGUGCUGCCAGUGCUCGGAGCCAUGGACUGGGCCUUUCGGAUCCAAUCGCUCUCGCAGUCUUUUUGCAAGCAGCACUUUCCACGGACCUGUGA